GCGGGACAUCUUGGGGGCGUGGCCGAGCUAUUUCAGCUGAAAGUUGCCAGGCUGGAGUUGCUCUGAUCUUUGUGGCACAAACAUAGACUGGGCACAAAUGAGAAGUCUGAGGGGUUAAGUUAACAUGUGACGCCCUCUGCCACACCCAGCUGUCCUGAUAGGCAAAGUUGAGUCAUAACAAACUGUAACAGGACACCAGCAGAGCUUUUUUUCUCUCUGCAGUCAGUCUGAGUCCGCAAAUACCUCCCUGCUGCUGCAGACAUUAAAGUUUACAGCACUUUAAACUAAAGAAGUUACAGCCAACAUGAGGAUUGUUUUAUUUCUUCUUUUUCUGGUUGCUGGGACAUUAGCACAAGACGGUUUUGACCUGUUCGAUGCUCUCGAUGAUGCCAAUCCAACACCUCCAAAGCCCAAAGAGCAACCGAAGGCCCCAGAGAAGCCAAAAACUGAUGGUGGCUUUGGACUUGAUUUAGAAGAUGCCUUUGGACCAGAUCCAACCCCUCCAAAACCCAAAGAGCAGCCGAAGGCCCCAGAGAAGCCAAAAACUGAUGGUGGCUUUGGACUUGAUUUAGAAGAUGCCUUGGGACCAGAUCCCCCCAAACCUGACAAACCCAAACCUGUAAACCCACCAAACACAGGAGGAGGUGGUGGAAGCUUUGAUGACUCAGACUUAUCAGAGUUACUGCCUGGGGGAGGUCUCCCAGAUGAUAAUCAUCCAGACCCUGCAUACAAUCCUGAUGGUGGUGCUGAUCAGACUCAAGAUCCAGACCUUCCAUGGGGCCAGAUCCUGAAGAUACUAAAUGCUAACAUGCCAGAGGAAUUCUAUAUGUGGAUGUCCAACUUUAAGCAAAUGUUAGCUCCUCUGUUAGAGAGGGCCAUGCAACUGCUGCAGGCUAUGCCAUGAACCAUCAGUCCAUUUAAGUUCUGAUUGGCGCUUUUACAAAAGUUUGACCUCACGUCUGACGGACUUGAUCUUGAAAGAAAAUAUCGUCUUGUUUUGUAGAGGCCAGAAACAUCCGACUCCUUUUUUACAGACAUGCCCACUUUAUGCUAAUAGCAAACAGUGUAAGGCAAAACCCCACACAUUUUUUCACCUACUGUGAUCCCUUAACAGUGUUGGAAUUGCAUAAAUUGGGUAUGACUGGAAAGACUUGUCGAUUCAAUGAGCCGCUUGUUUGAAAAGUUAAGAAUCACAAGACUUUUUUUUUUUUUUUUCCGUUUACCCAUUAUUUUCAAACAUAACGUUUUGGAUUCACUAGUCUUGUUUCCAUCAACAAAUUCCUCUGCACAUUUUUUCAGAUUUGCAUGAGUAAAGCUCGAUGGAGACACCAAAAUUCUAUGAAACUUUCGAAAAUGCGCAUACAAUUUUUACACUCCUUUAAGGUACUUUUUGUCUUUUUCUGAAAAAUUGUUAAUGCACUUAACGGGAGAUGGAAAUGCUUUUUCUGAAUAAGUUCUGACGUAGCAAACAUUUAACUCACAUGACUGAUCAGCUGUUUCCGCUCUGACAUGAAAGAACAAUUAUAAGUUGCCCAGUUGAAUCCAAUUCCUGAAGACUUCUCUCCGUUUUCUUUUGUGGAUGGCCAAAGUUGUCUGAUUAGCGACGUUUUUUGUUGUUGUUUCACUCGUUUCACUUGAUUUGUGCAAUCUCUUCUUCUUCUAACUGUUUACUGACGGAUUAUAGGGCUGGGCGAUAUUGCCCAAAAGUCAUAUCCGGAUAUAUUUAGGCUGAAUAUCGAUAUACGAUAUAUAUCCUGAUAUUUUUAUCGCAAAGUGAGAGCAAAUGUUCAGUCAAAGCCAAAUAUGACAUGUCACAAGUAGUUUUAUUGAAACCAUUUAUUUAAGUGAACAUAAAUACUGUAUAACAGGAGUACCUUUUUUAAAAAAAAAAAAAUCAAAGCUCCAUGAAGUGCACAUUUAAAAAAUAUAUACCUUAAAUAAAAAUAGCCUAUGAAAUAAAAAAGGCCAAUCUUUUUCCGAAAUAAAUAUAUUUAUAUGAGAAAAGAAUAACGAACAUUACAAAAGAACUAAAUAUGACAAACCAUAGUAAGGGCAGCAUUUAUAUAUUAAGAGAUAAUUUUUUUUUUAUAUCGAUAUAUGCGACAUGGUCUAAUUCCAUAUCGCAUUUAAAAAUAUAUCGAUAUAUAUCUUUUAAAUCGAUAUAUCGCCCAGCCCUAACGGAUUAGCCUACAGCAAUACAUUACACUGCCAUCUACUGACCGAAGAACGUUAAUGCAGCUUUGUUUAUUCGCUCUAAAACAAGUUGAUGGAAACGUCGCAAAUUGGCAUUUUCUUUAAUGCAACAUUUCAAAAUUCACUUAACGACAGCUGGUGUGCUCCACUGGGGGCAGGUCUUGUGCCCUUUGACCUCUAGCUUACUCUCUCUUAUGGACAUUCACUAUAUUUGUGUAAAAUGUUUUGAAGUAAAACAAGAAGCACUCGAUAGUGUGCGCGUGAGGCCAAAACCAACCAGGCUGCAAGAUUUAAUGUAGUGUUGACUUUCUCGCUGUUAUUCCAGACUUACCAGACACCCUGUAAUUGGGUGUGUGCAUUCACUCUCCACCCUGAUUCAUUCCUGUGUUCUUAGUUUACAGCACUAUAGUUCCCUUUCUGUUAAUGUGUGGACACACCACAGAUCUGGUAGUGCAUCAGGUACUCUUGAAAAUAGAUUAUACAUGUUAAUGUCGGUUGUUUUGAUUCUUUUAGGUCAUUGUUGUCCUCUAAAUAAGCUCAUGUGACAGGAAAUGAAGUGAUCUGAUGAGUCACUGAAUGGAGCACUGUGACUGUUACUGUAAAAUAAGAAACAUCUGCUCAGUUAAAGAUCAUGUGAUCUGUACGCUGUAUUUAGUAACCUUUCUUUAUUUUCAUGGAAUUACAUGGUAUUUGCGUCUUCAACAAGGAAAGUUUUUGCUUUUUCGUGCCAGGACACGCCUGGAUGAGUGUCUGUCUGCACACAUUCUUUACAUAGCAGCACCCAUUCUACUGCUGCAGAGGUGUUAACUUCCAUUAUGGUGUUUCUUCUUUCCCUGUCCUUGUAUAAACUUUCAAAUGUUUGAUCAGAUGCUGGGUUUCCCUUUGGCACUUUCUAGCUUAUGAGUAGUUCUCUGUGUGCUCUUUGGUAAUGCUCAGGAUGUUAUGUAUUUAUGGUGGGUUAUUGAAGCUUUUUUUCCCCUUUGGACUCAAGUCUUUAUGGAAUUUGUAACAUUGCUUUAAUAGUUAUUGCAAUAACGGCAUGAAGAUGUGAACUGCAUUAUGAAUAAAACCAACUUGUGCAAUGGUCAGUGUUCAGGUCACAAAGAGUUUGAUUUAUGAUCAAUGUAAAGCUGGAGAACCAACAGUCUGUACUGUCCCACUCCUUUUUACAGACAUGCACACUUUAUGCUAAUACCAUGCAGUUUAAGGCAAAAACACACAUUUAAGAAUUCAUACAACACAAGCAGUAAACACGUAUUUAUUCCUACCCGCUUUAUAUAUAUAGUGUUGCUUUGGACAUAUAUAUACUCAUAUAUAAAACAGGAAUAGCCAGUUGGACACAAGGAUUUAAUAACAAUCUGCACAUAGAGUUUGAUUUAUGAUCAAUGUAAGGCUGGAGAACCAACUGUCUCGUAGCAGCCAGAACUCUCCAAAUGGUUACAUUUAGGACCAAAUCUGUGUAACAAAUGUUACCAACCCAAAAAUUGCUGCAACAUCUUAUCAAAAAAUCAAAUCAAACUUACUUUAUUUAUCCCUGAGGGUAAAUUCAGUUAGUCUGGUAGAAUCUCUGUUAGAAUGAGACAGCCUGAUGGCUGUAGGAGAGAAGGAUCUUUUGUAUCUCUCCGUCCUGCAACGGAGAGAGAGGAGCCGUCCACUGCUGUUUUUUUGGUCCAUAAAGGUUUUGUGUAGCGGAUGAUCUGGGUAUUUCAAGAUGGCCUCGAACAUCUUGACAGUGCAUCUCUCCACCACCUCCUCCAGUGUGUCCAACCUGGCUCCAACCACAGAACCAGCUCUUUAGACCAGUCUGUCCAACCGCCUUCAUCUCUGUGUCUGAUGCGGCCUCCCCAGCAGACUGCAGCAUAAAACAACACACUACCACCACAGACUGAUAAAACAUCUGCAGCAUCUUACUACAGAUGUCCAGAGAUCUGAGCUUCAAGAAGAAAAAGAGGCGCUCUGCCCCUUUUUGUAGAGAGCGUCUGUGUUUAGGGACCAGUCCAACUUAUUAUCCAGGUAUACACCUAGAUACUUAGAACUUGGCACCACCUCCAUGUCCACCCCACAGGUAUUCACUGGCUGAAGAGGGGGCUUGAACCUGUGGAAAUCUAUGAUCAUUUCCUUAGUCAUUGAGGUGUUCAGUAGGAGAUAGUUCUUGUGACGCCAGUCACUGAAGGCUUUUAUCAGAUCCCUAUAUUCAAAUUCCUGUCCAUUCCUGGUACACGCCACAAUAGCAGUGUUGUCGGAGUACUUCUGGAUGUUGCAGGACUCAGAGUUGUAUUUGAAGUCCGCUGUGUAAACAGGAAUGGAGCCAUAACAGUGCCUUGUGGAGCCCCUGUGCUGCUCAUUAAUGUCCCAGAAACUCCGAUGUGUUAUUUGCAUGCAAACUGCAGGGGGUCGACUUUGUCUUUGACUUAAGCUCUCAGUAGGCGUAGAAUCAGCUGCUCCAAGGUCUGAGACAUAAUUGAGCAUGGAAAUGGCCUUAAUAUGUCCAUAUCAUAGUAUUCUAAACAGUUUUAAACUUGUGCUACUACUGAUAACACUGAUAAGAUAGAAACAUGGACAAGAUGCAGGUAAGUCCUUGUUGGAUUCAGGUCUACAUGUCGUGAUUCUUCUUACUGUAUAUCCACAGAAAAAUCUCUUCUAUCCACUCAUAUGCACGUAUACAGCACGUGUAGUGCGUUGAUAACAUGUUCACAAACUAAAACAGUCGUUCAAAACGGCUCCCAAAAAUAACCAUAAGCCUGUAGAUAAAAACAGACAAGGGUUCAAAGGGCUAAAACAUGUGUGUGAGAGUGUGUGGCUACAUUCUAACACACAGCAGCCACACAGCAACUUCACUUCAGGUGUGCUGCAUGUGUGUGUGAAAGAAGAGUGCCCACAUGCUCAGCAUUUCCAAGCAGUCAGUCAUACAGCCAGUUGCCAACCUGUUUUUAUUUUUUUAUGUCCAGACAACGCCCUGUUUUAACACACAGCCCAAUCACAAGACACACCUCCCCCUCAUGACUCACUGCGGUUCACUAUUCACGCAACCAGUGUGUGUGUGUGUGUGUGUGCUGCCUCAGUGCCCCACCCUGCCUUGGAGCUUGGGUGUAUUCACUUUAAUCCUGCUUUCUUUUCAUUCCCCGUGGUAGAUUUACCGACUGAUUCCCCUCUGUUAGUGUCUUCAUGUUUAUAUAACUACAUUUUAACUUCUGUACAAUCUGUUCUGGGAACUUUUUGCCAGUGCAAGUUCUGUUUUUAAUCAGAAGGUAUACACUGCCACCCUGUGGCAAACUGUGCUCAUGACAGUUCACUGCAAUAAGAAUUGUACUUCAGAAUACUGUCAAACUUUUGAAUCAAUGGAUGAUUGUAUCAUCAGUAUCUUUAUUUUUGAACAUGUUAAACAAAAAGGACCCCAAGAGUACAGGAGGGUACAUACGAUUAAUAUAGGUUAA